CGAUUCUCCCUCUGGUCACACACACCCACAUUGUCCACCAGAUCUAUUAACACGGCUGGAUGCUAUUUUCUGAGUACAAUGUAAAAUGACCAAGUAUUUAUUUAUCACAAUUAAAUACUGACACCAUGGACACCAUGAUAUACUGAAAAAAACAACCCUGCCGUCAUCUGACAGCGGUUGUGCAUGUCUAAUAUAGAGCACACUUCAUUUAGUAACUUUCACUAAUAAAUAUCAUUUUUUUUAACAUCUCUCAUAAUCAAACAUCUUUUUUUAUAUAGAAGAGGGAAAAUCUUUCAAAGACACCGCCUUGAGGGAUGAUACAUGAUGGUCGUAGUGUGGGAUUUCCACCCACUAAAAACCUUCCUCUCCACUUCCCUCGUAAGUAUUGUAAGGGUGACUGGGCCAGAACCGCGUUAGCAUUAUAUCAACCCAGUCCGUGUUGCAUCAAACGAUGUCCGCUCCUGUUUCGCUGGUCUCUCUCUCUCUCAGAUACUUUUCCCUUGAGAAUGCACCGCACAUAGGCAGCGAUUUCAUUCCAGUUUUCUUCUCUUUGUGUCAUAAGGUUCACUAGGUUCGCAGGAUUGAGAGUCUUGCCUAUUGUUGCUUCGGUGUUAGCUCUGUGGUUCCUCCAUCGUUCAUACUCGAAAAACAUGUGCUCAGCAUCAUCAGUUUUGUCUGGGUAAUACUUGCACAUCGGAGUGCGGUGUGGGCCCAAUUUGUGUAGGUAUGCGUUGAAUGAGCCAUGGCCUGUCAACAGUUGAGUCAGGAAGAAAUCUGUCUCACUGUGAUUUCGGUCGAUCCAGGUAUUGAUGUUCGGGAUCAGGCGAGCUGUCCAUUUGCCCUUGUCGCAGGUCUUUCAUCUGUCUUCCCAUUAUUCCAGCAUUUACGCCUUCAGUUUUUCUCUAGCUUCCUUUGUGUUGUCGCUGAUAGCUUUGAUGUCAUAGAGUUUCACCUUCUUAAAUGCUAGUAUUCGAUAUGCGCAACCCCUGCUAUAACUAGUACGGCAGCUUCGGAGACCGUGCGAUAGGCGCAGGUCACCCUGAGGGCUCCACGCCGUUGUACUGCUGCUACCGAUAGGUCUUCUGCUUGAGAAUAUCUGCCCAUACUUCCGCUCCAUAGAGUAGGAUUGAGUGAACUGCUUCGAGAAGAACUCUUCUCAUUUUGUUUCGUGGGCUCAUUGUGUUGGUCAUGAUUUUUGAUAGGCUCGAUACCAUUUUGCUAUCUUUAGUGCGUGCACUUUCAAGGUGAUCUCGAAAGGACAGCUUUUCAUUUAUCACCACUCCCAGGUAGCCCGCGCUCUUGUUGAUGUCAGUGUUGUCUCGCCAAUGUCCACGUUGAAUGGUUUUGGGAAACAUUUCUGGCACGUCAACACAACUGUCUCUGUUUUAUGUUUAGCUAGUUUUAGACAGUGUUCCUCAAGCCAGGCCUGGAUGGCAUCAAUGGUCGACUGGACCAGUAGUUCAUCUCCUCAACGCUUUCCGCCACUAUUGUGGCCGCGACGUCGCCAGAAAAACCCGUUAGCUGUACUUGCUUCUGUAGGGGAAUCUCCAGUAAUUCAUCAUAAUCUGCAUUCCAUAGGUCGGGGCCCAUGACUGAGCCUUGUGGUACGCAGCUGUCGUCUGAUACUCCUGUGAGCCUUCUGUGGUUUUCACGAUUAGCGUUCUUGCAUCGAGAUAACCGUCGACUAUGGCCAAGUUCUCCUUUUUUAUCUUUGACCGAUGCUCCAGUGUGUCCGUUAUGUCGUCCCAUUUUGUGCUGUGAAGGCGUUCUUCACGUCAAGCGUGAGGAGGAUGCAGACUUUGCGCGAUUGAAGGUUACCAGACCACGCUUCGGUUAUAAUCCCUGUGAUCUUCUUAAUUGUGCGAAUCGUCGAUCGGAAUUUUCGGAAGCCAUGUUGAUUUUCGGCAAAGUCACCGACAUGGUCGAUGUAAUUUUGGAGUCUCGCUUGUAUUAGUUUUUCGAACAGUUUUCCGGCGAUAUCUAGCAUGCAGAGAGGUCGGAACGACGAAGGCGUUAAGGGGGUUCCUUUCCCUUUUUCCAAGAGGACCAGUCUCUGCCAUUUCCAAAUAGUGACAAACGUGCCGGCUGCAAGGCAUACAUUGUAGGCUAUCAAGCAUAGGUCCAGAAAUUCCUGGGCUAUGAUCUUCAUCACCGACAUUGGGAUGCCAUCGGGGCCGGGUAACUUUCCUGGUUUGAGGGACUUCGCUGCAUCUUGCAGUUCCUUGGGUGUGAAAGGUGUAACUUCAACAUUGUUGGUAAAGUGCCUUUUUCCUCGCAUCGGGUGUUUGGGAAACAGCUCCACUACAAUGUCGUCCAUUAUGGCGGUUUUUUUGGUGUUUCUGGUGCAGAAUUUCCGAGUUUUUUGACGACAAUUUGGUAGGCUUUGCCCCAUAUAUCCUUCUCAAGGUCAUUGCAGAUUUCUUUCCACAUUGUCGCUUUACUUGCCUUGAUAGUUAGGUUUAAGUCCUUUUUGGCCUUCUUGUACUCGCUUGAGUAUAUGGCUAGGUCAGGGGUGCAUUUUGUGGCUCUUGUUGCUCGACGGCGAAGUUCGUGACAUCUAUUCUGGAGUGCUGCAAUUUCUGGCGUCCACCAGUAUGCCGGUCUGUGUAGGCCACAGUUUUUUUUUAUCAUGGCAUAGAGGCAUCACAAGAGGUGGUGAUGGCCUUCAUCGUUGUCAACAGCAUUCUUUCCGUCUCACUUCUGGUGUUGGGAGCCUGGUGGAAUUUAAGGGUUGACCAGCUUUGUGAAAGAGACUUUCGGAGAGCUUCUAGGUCAAGAUUUCUGGUGUUCCUCCUUCGUUCUUUAGGGCCUUGUUGCAUUCCUGGGGUGGGAGCCACUUCAACACUAAAUGUGAACAUCUAAAAAUUCCAUAGAAUAGUACACUAUGAAACUUUGUGCUACAGACAGUUGUGUAAAUUAGAACCACACUGAUGGAUAUUGACACAGUAAUGAUAAGGCUAAUUUACAGAACUGUAAACAAAGGCUGGGGUGACAGAGGACAGAGAAACUGUCAAGCUAUGCGAUGACUGUAUCGAGAUGCCGUGCGGUAGCAGGAGCGAGAAUGUUCGCUUGACAGAGCUCAGUGUUGGGUCAGAGCGAUGCAUUGCAUGUUGACACAUGUAGUCGCAGGUCACGAACAGUUCCUGGCGUGUGCCAACACCUCGCGCCACUCAAAUUAGUCUGCGAUCAAUAAAUGCGACCGUGAGCUGUCGACCAAGCGACACCAUGGUAACCGAGCCAGCAGACAAGAUGUCGCAAGUUCGAUGGGCAGCACGUAGUCGCAGCAAGGACCGGACACGAGGCUGGAGGAAAACCAUCGAGAUGGAGGGGGCAGUGGACAGCGCAACAGACUAUGCCGCCGACAACUCCUCCGAGCACAGCAGCACUGCGACCCCAGCCACGCAGUCUCCCAGUCACCGCCUGCAGAACGCAGACUCGCCAGUGCGCAGGCCCUCCACGGAGUGCCGGCAGGGGGACUCGCCGCUGCUGAGGGCGAGAUCAUCGGCCUCCACCCCCCACAACCCGUCCCCACUGAGUGGAGAAGCGCGUGGCAGUAGGCAGCCAGACGAGGCGAGUGUGUCGAGGUUGGCAGCGCCGGACUGUGCCUCCACGGAGCCGUGCGUCCCGGUGGACGAGAUGUCACGCCACAGGGAGUCCUCGCUACGGCAGCAUUCCUUCUUCCAGCUGAGGGUGCAUCUGAGGCGCGGCCUGGACUUGGUGGCUCGCGACAAGAGUGGGACCAGCGACCCGUACGUGAAGUUCAAGGUGGGCGGGCGCCUGCUGUACAAGUCCAAGACGAUCUACCGGGACCUGAACCCAGUGUGGGACGAGACCUUCCUGCUGCCCAUCGAGGACCCCUUCAUGCCCGUGCACAUCAAGGUGUUCGACUACGACUGGGGACUGCAGGAUGACUUCAUGGGCUCAGCGUACCUGGACCUCACCAAGUUCGAGCUGGGCAAACCCACUGAUGUGACUUUGUCCCUGAGAGACCCGGGCAAGGUGGAGUACCUGGGGGAGAUCCUGCUGAACGUGACCUUGUACCCGCGGUCGCAAGAGGACAAGGACCAGUACUUCCAGCGCAGCACCAAGCUGAGUGACGUGAACCGCCGGCUCAAGAGCCAGAUAUGGAGCUCGGUGGUGACCAUCGUGCUCGUGGAGGGCAAGAACCUGCUGCCCAUGGACGUGGACGGCUUCAGCGAUCCUUACACCAAGUUCAGGCUCGGCAAUGAGAAGUACAAGAGCCAUGUGGUGUACAAGAGCCUGAACCCCAGCUGGCUGGAGCAGUUCGACCUGCACCUGUACGAUGACCAGAGCCAAGAGCUGGAGGUCACUGUAUGGGACAAGGACCGUGCCAAGGACGACCUGAUGGGCAGGUGCGUGCUGGACCUGUCGCAGCUGGAGAGAGAGAAGACGCACCGCCUGUGGCUGGAACUGGAGGAAGGUGCCGGCUCCAUCUUCCUGCUGCUCACCAUCAGCGGCACCACGGCCUCCGAGACCAUCUCCGACCUCACCACGUACGAGGACAACCCUCGCGAGAGGGAGGCCCUGCAGCAGCGCUACGCGCUGAGGAACACCUUCCAGAACCUGCGCGACGUGGGCCACCUCACGGCGAAGGUGUACCGCGCGCAGGGACUGGCCGCGGCCGACCUGGGGGGCAAGUCAGACCCCUUCUGCGUGCUGGAGCUCGUGAACGCGCGCCUGCAGACCCAGACCGAGUACAAGACACUCAUGCCGUCCUGGCAGAAGAUAUUCACCUUCAACGUGAAGGACAUCAACUCGGUGCUGGAGGUGACGGUGUACGACGAGGACCGCGACCACAAGGUGGAGUUCCUGGGCAAGGUGGCCAUCCCGCUGCUACGCGUGCGCAACACCGAGAAGAAGUGGUACGCGCUCAAGGACAAGAAGCUGCGCAGUCGCGCCAAGGGCAACUGCCCGCAGAUCCUCAUGGAGCUGACCGUCGUGUGGAACCCUAUCCGUGCCUGUAUUCGAACCCUGAACCCCAAGGAAGAGAAGUUCAUGCAGACAGAAGUGAAGUUCAAAAGACAAGUGUUUGUGAGGAAUGUAAUGCGUUUAAAAGCCAUCAUAAUGUAUUUCAUUGAGUUGGGAAAGUACAUUCAGACGUGCUUCGAGUGGGAGUCCACCAUGCGCAGUGCCGUGGCGCUCCUGCUCUUCAUCCUGAUGUGCUACUACUUCGAGCCGUACAUGCUGCCCGUCAUGAUGCUGCUGGUCUUCCUCAAGCACUACCUGGUGAUGUCACUGACGGGGUCGUGGGGCGUGUACGAGGAAGAAGAGGAACCGCUGGGAGACGACGAUGACGACGAUGAUGAUAAGGACAAGGAGGAGAAGAAGUCGUUGAAGGAGCGACUGCAGGCGAUCCAGGAAGUCACCCAGAGUGUCCAGAAUGCCAUUGGCUACAUUGCCUCGCUGGGGGAGAGCGUGAAGAACACGUUCAACUUCACGGUGCCGUACCUGAGCGUAUUGGCAAUCGCGAUGCUGGGCUCCACGGCCGUGGUGCUGUACCUGGUCUCGGUGCGCUACCUCAUCAUGGCGUGGGGCGUCAACAAGUUUGCCCGUAAGCUCGUGCGGCCGCACACCGUCCCCAACAACGAGGUGCUGGACCUGCUGUCGCGGGUGCCCGACGACGAGGACCUGCUGGACUACAGGGAGCUGAAGCCUCACCCCACCUCUGACGUGGAACGUCGGCGUGAGCAGAAGAAGAAGCACAAGGUGUCGUAGUGGGAGGCUAUGGUCCAGGGGUAUCUUCCACUCCUGGACCUGGGUCGGAGUCUCGCCUAGCCGCAAGCAGAUUUGCUGCUUUGGUGCUGUGUCGCUGUGCCGAGAUAACAGUUGAGAGUGCUGCACCGUUGUCGCUGCGCCGAUGUCACUGUACCGAUUACCGAUCAUGAAAGCUCUCAGUAAAUAUCGGCUCAUUUGUCAGUAUUCACAUUUGAUAACAUUUAUUGUGUUCCUCCUUAGAGAGGAUCCAUGUUAAUGUGUUCCUUAAAAUUGCAGUCUUUUACAAGCAUUUUUCUCUGAGAACACAAGGAGUAAUCGUUUGAUUUUAGAUCUUAACUUAAAGACUUUAAAUAGAAACUAUUAUAGAUCAUCAACCCUCCUUCAUAUGUGUUUUGGCUGGCAUAAGCUGUGUUAUUAAGCUGCUGAUACUAACUUUAUGUAUUUGUUAUGGGGCAAUGGCUUAAUAUCUUGAUGGCUUGACAUUUGUGGAUCUUCGGCCUUGAUCUGGAGUGUACCGCACAAUUCCAAGGGAGCACUUUGCCAAAAUACCAUUAUGCAAGGGAACCUGCUGAAAUCCAAACUGAAGGUGACCGAAGCUGAAGUCGAGCUCCCGAGCCUGGUCAUUGUGCGAAGGACACUCCCGAUCAAGGUCGAUGAUUCAUGAUUGCCAAGCCAUCAGGCCAACGAGCCAUUCCCCAUAAGAAACACAUUAGGCUCGUAUCGGUAUAAUUACACUUUUGGCACUAUACGGGUAGAAAGUACUGAAGCAAUAAUCAGUAUUCGCUACAGAAAUGCCAGGCACGAUCAUCAGAUAUCGGCCAGUGUUCUCAUAGGUGCAGCACUGGGUGUAGCGGAGGUUCCUCAAGCCUGUUUCACUUGCGUUGUUGAUCAUCAUCCUGGAAUAUGUUCACAGCAAGUGGCGUACGUCGAAUCAGCUAUUGGGGAGGAAGCAGUGGGUGGCUACCAGCUGCACAGCUUAUGGUGCAACAGGGCGGAAGUAGAAUAGUGCUUAGGACUAACAUCUUUCUCUGGUGGUCAGUCGCAAGUGCACCAUGCAUUAGUCAUUUUAGUUUCUUAAUUUAUGUUUACCUAUUUUAUGUUUUAUUUAUUAUUAUAUAUUUGCAUAUUCUAUUGUUAUUUAAUUUUUCCAUGCCCAGUUUAUCAUUUCUUGAUUCAUAAUUAUUUAUGAUAAUUUUUUUUUUUCAUUUUUAGCUUUUUUCUAUAGAAAUGUGUGAUCAUCGUGAGUGGUUCUGUCUGCGUGAGUCUGCACAAUACAAGCCCAGGCAGGCGAGGGCGCUGUCGAACCUACAGUAAACUAAAGCCAUUUCCUAGCCUCUCUAUCCUGUCUGCUCCUGUUGCACCAAGUGAAGCAUGUGCAGUAGGUCUAGCCUCUGUGGAGAGAGCACGUUUGCUGUUUACUAUUGGUGGUGUUCUUGAUGUAAACUAGUCGUGCAUCAGAGGGCGAAGGCUCAGGAGUGGGUCAACUGCCAUGCAUGGUCAGCCACACGGCAAUUUCUUUCCUCAGUAAGUAGUCUCACUUAUCUGCACAAUGCACAGCGUGUUUCAUUCAUGCCAUUAAGACAUGGCAAGAUGUUCACAAACAUUUAAAAGGUGCUAAGUUUGCAUUAAAAUUUGCAACGAAAUGCUACUUUCAUUAGGUAUCUCUAUGUUCUCGGCAAAGUGUUCACAAACAUUUAAAAGGUGCUAAGUUUGCAUUAAAAUUUGCAACGAAAUGCUACUUUCAUUAUCUCUUUAUGUUCUCAUUUCACAGACAAUAAUCUUUUGUUUUGCAAUUGUUGUUUGCUGGUUGCAAGUAAUAUCCGACUUGAAUUUAUUACCGCCCUUUGAAACAAUAUAUUUUCCUCAGUGUCAAGAAACUAUUAAAACUGGCAUAAAAUUGACUAUCGACUAUAAGUACUGUAAUAAUUACUCUACCUGGACAUACUUCUAGAAUUAUUUCACGAGCAUUAAUUUUGAAUGGCUAUACCAGCAGUUUAAGAACCAGUGUCUUUAAAUGUCAUUGUUUUGUGAAAAACAUUGUUAAAAUCAUUUGUUGUUUAUGUUAGCGUUGUCUCCUCGAGUAAUUUCCUGUUGCCUUCUUGUUGUUGGACCGGAAGUUUAGCCCCUCUCUCUGUCUUCCCAUAGUGCUUCCCUUGUCUGUUCUUUCGGGACCCUUGAGGAGUUCUGUUCCUCUACACUACACAGUGUCGCACUUCUUGGCUUCUUCCAGUGGUCCAAACCAUAGUCAUUGAAGUAGUACUCCUGGAAGCUUGUUUUUAUCGUGUUCGCCAGGAACAACUUCCCCUUGUCAAUUAAGGAAAACCAGGCCUUACCAGAAUAUCUUAUCUAACUUUCAAGAACAUAACACAACGUCUUAUUUGGUACAUGCCAUUCGUUUCAUUGCGGUUAUCUUAUAUAUCAUCGCGUAGUCUUCUUGUUUACAUAAACCCUAAAAUAGCAUGGUUGAGGUUUAAUGGGUCAUUUACGCAAGAGCUAGCUUUGUUUGUAACGACAGCCCUAAUAAGAAACAUAAAACUAUUAAUUACUACAAUAUUUCUAUUGUGCGUGCUUCAUUUGGCUUUUCAAAAAAACUGCCACACACAUCCACAGCUAAGCCAAAUUAUACUGUUAGAAAAACGUAUGCCCUUUUGUUGUUUACAUUUUUGAAAUAUCCUUCUUAUGCCUUCUUUUUUUCAAGCUAGAAACUGCAAUAUGUACCUCUUCCCCUGGAAAAUGGUUUUCUCGCAUGUACAUUAAACUUAUUGUAACGAUUAAUGGUUGUUACUUCGUAGUUUGAGUCAUGGAGAUCACAGAGCUUCCUGCAAGUGUGACACAGGCCUAAACUGCCAGCCAUCUGAUGCAUGACUAAGUCUUGUGUGAUCUGCUGUUUCUGCGAUUUGAUCUCUUUGACGCACAUCAAGUCGUUUGCACUUCCAACAUUCCAGUUGUUUAUUCACUACUGUUACCUACUGUUGUUUCAGAACUUGAUAAAUGUGUACAUAUAGAAAAAUGUUGAUAAACUUGUUGAAGAGUCCUACUUUUAUGUAUGUUCAAACAAAUUUUUUUACCUAAAAUAUUUGUACAUGUAUUAAAUGUCUUUGUGUGCCUUUU